CAUUGUUGAGGAACCUAUAAAACGCCCAAGCACUUCAUGAUUUUUAUGGACAUUGCAAAAGUCUUCGAACCACACACAGCACAAGUCGCAUAAACAGAAUGGCAACUAGACGCCGCACAGCUACAACAAAUUGGGCAUCAGGGAACAACGCUCCGGAUGGUCCAACAGCCAUAGAUAACCUCCAGUCUGCGAAGGACGAGUAUCAGUUGGUGGAUUACGUCCCAGGCCUUCCCUCCAGCGUGAAAACACUGCCAAGACAAGAGAGGUUUAGCUUUUUCGAGAAGGUUCGCCUCGGGUUUCUUCUUAUUGUGUUGGGUAUUGGCGUCUUCAUCGAUAGAUUUCUCACUCGGAAAUGGGAUAAAUUGUCAGACCUUUUGAAUGUGUAUGGAUGGAUAUUUCCCAAACCCCCGACGACUGAAAUUUGGAGAGAUGAUGCGUUCUUUGGAAGGCAACGUUUAGUUGGUGUUAACCCGUUCGUCAUCCGACUCUGUACAGCAAUACCAGGAAACAUGAAAGAAAACGUUAAUAAAGGAAGGGAAUCCCUACAGAUGGUUUUACAACAGAAAUCUGGGAAGACUGAUUUCACCUUGGAUACAGCCAUCCAAGAAAAUAGACUUUUCAUUGUGGAUUACGACAUUCUAGACGGGAUGAAGGAUGAAUUUGGAAUAUGUUCUCCAAUUGCAUUGCUCCUGGUGGAUGCUAAAAACGAAUUAAUGCCCAUCGCUAUACAGUUGUACCAAACAGGAGAAAAUAACCCGAUUUUUCUGCCCGAAGAUCCAAGCUGGUUGAUGGCAAAACUGUGGUUUAAUCAUGCAGACAGUUCCUACCAGGAAUCGUUCUCUCACCUUGGUGUCACCCAUCUACUGAUGGAGAGUGUUGAUGUAGUGACACAUCGGAACUUAACAACGACACAUCCUGUCUACGAAAUCUUGGCUCCGCAUUUUCUUUAUCUUCUGGCUAUUAACACGUUGGCAAGAAAUCAGCUGAUCAAUGAACAUGGAAUCGUUGACAAGACUAUGUCGAUCGGCAGAGAAGGAAUGUUCGAGAUCAUCCGAAGACAAUUGGUGAAAUGGAGGAUGGAUGAAGAUGGAACAUUGCCAGAGGAUCUUGAGAAAAGAGGGGUGGUAGGGGAUGGUAUUCUCCCUGGAUACUAUUACCGCGAUGACGCACUUCUCGUCUAUGAGGCUAUACGGAAAUAUGUCCAUACAUAUAUCCACGUUUAUUAUGAUGAUGACGGUAAUAAUGGCAAACUCCAAGUAAGUAAUGAUGCACAAAUACAAGCCUGGGUAGCGGCACUGAUUGCCAAAAGAGAACUUGUCGGCGGUGGCUGUGAAAUCCAGGGCAUUCCAUUAGAUGAGAAUGGUUCGACUAUAUCUACCUGUGAUCAACUGGUAAAAAUACUGACCAGCAUCAUAUACAUGUGCAGUGUGAGUCACGCCGUCACCAAUUCCCACAGUACGAACAGUACGGCUUCCAGCCAGCCUACCCCGUGGGCAUGAGAGGGACACCACCUCAAGUUACGAACAUCGAGCUAACUGGGACAGCCAUCAUCAAAGCGAUUCCGCCCAAAGUCACUUGCCUGUUGGAAAUGGUCGUAAUGAAGUUUCUGAGCACACAGAACACCCGCCGCUUGGGAAAUUUCACGAGAGAUAGUAUACCGUUUAAUGCAGACGACGCGGUGAAGCAGUUUAGGGAAGAUUUACGAACAGCUGCUGAAACAAUUGAGGAAAGAAAUAUAACAAGAAAAUACCCUUACCAGUGGGCAAGCCCCGACAACAUUCCGAAUUCUAUCAGCAUCUAGCUUCAACAUCACCCCAAAUUUCCUGGGCACCUACCACGACUACUGAAGACGCUUUGUCGUGACUAACAGAAGUUUGUGUUGACAAAUAUAAAAGAUAUUAAAUAUAAAUGAACUGUCAUGAUAUAACAUAAAUUUUGUAAUUUUCAGUAAUAUAACGAGAAUAAAG